CUAUUAACCCUAGUGCUGCCCGCUUCUUCUCUUUUUUCUUUUCAGGGGGGGUUUUUGUUUUCUAUUCGGGAUGGUUACUUGCUGAGGACGAAGAGAGCACAAAUACAGAGAAGACGAUCAGAAUCAAAAUCCAAAUCUCACCCACCAGACCCACUUGCCUAACAGCAACGCAAUCUUUAUAGUUUAUUCCAAAAUUUCUAAUUUCUGUAUCACUGUCGGCUCGGCUCAUAUAUUUUGAUUUUAGAGUUUCAAUGGACGAAGUGAUGACAGCUGCUGAUGCAUCGUCCAGAUAUCGAUCAGCAACAUCUCCACCCGCUAGUCUCCCCUCCAACAUUCCUCUCCUUUCCGCCUUCCUUGCCUUUUCACUUGCCCAGUUCCUCAAGCUUUUCACCACCUGGUUCAAGGAGAAGAGAUGGGAUGCUAGAAGGAUGCUUGGGUCAGGUGGAAUGCCCUCAUCCCAUUCAGCAACCGUGACUGCUCUAGCAACCGCUAUUGGUCUGCAAGAAGGAACUGGAGCACCAGCAUUUGCUGUUGCAUUGGUUUUGGCAUGCGUUGUUAUGUAUGAUGCAACUGGUGUUAGACUUCAUGCUGGUCGCCAAGCUGAGUUACUAAAUCAAAUUGUCUGCGAGCUACCUCCGGAACACCCUGUCUCCAAUGUUAGACCCCUACGGGAUUCACUUGGUCACACUCCACUCCAGGUUGUUGCGGGUGCAGUGUUGGGGUGUAUUAUAGCUUUCCUCAUGAGAAGUUCUAGCUAGGUGAUGAUAUAGCUAAAGGUGAUUCUUUAACCUAGUCAGUGGAGAUUUAUAGGCUCUCAAUUCAUUGGAAGCAUUUGUGCUCUGGAAAAAGGAAUUGAGCUUGACGAGACCUUUCAAGUGAGUUCUAGUUGUUGUAAUUGUUGUUUAGGCUUUACGGACGUGACAGAAUGAUGUAUAGAUAAAUUACAGUGAUAACCUUCACACAAUGUAGUUACAGUGAUUAGUUCCCUUUGAUGUUCCUUUUGUUUUUUCCCCUCGAAAAUUUCAAAAAACCUAGUAUAAGCAACCCUAAUGCUCAAGAAAGUCUGUAAGGUUGACAGUGCAUACUUGAUGUUUGUCAGCUCAGUGUGUAGUUUUUCAGGUUCAGCUUGCCAUGCGUUUGUCUGAUCUAAUAGUAGAAAUUGCUUCAUUGCCUCUGGUUAAAUUUGAUCA